UCUCUCUAAAUUAAAUUUUGAUUAUAUUCCCAAUAUACCCUUAAGCACUAGAACACACACAAGUAAAGGGUGAAAACAGAAACAAAACUCCAUUCAAAAUAAUCAUUCACAUGACGCCAUAACCAUAAUCAUGAAUGAUCAUCAUAAUGAAACCGAAACAUGAAAAUCUUUUAGGUUCUUAUAACCAGCCGCCUUCCAUGCUUACACAUGCAUGAUACUUGUGUCAGAUUAAUUCACUGAGGUCCUUCCCUCUACCCCUUUUUCUUCAUUUUUUUUUUGUUCUAUAAAUUCACAUUCACAUUCUUCAUUUUCAUUCACCAUCUCUACAAUUCUAAUACUCAUAUUACUUUGUUUCCUCAAUCAUCCAAUUCCUAUCAAAAGGUUGUGAGGAGUUUUUUCAUUUUCAAAGAAAUGGAAAGAUUGAACACAGAAUUGUACUACCAAAACUGUCACAUAAUGAAAGAAAAUGAAAAGCUAAGAAAGAAAGCUCAACUUCUGAAUCAAGAGAAUCAAGAACUUUUGUCUCAACUCAAGAAAAAGCUCUCAAAUGGUGGUGCUAGUAACUCAAAAACCAAUGCUCCAAACAACAUGUUUGAUCUUAACCUUGGUUCAAGUUCAAGCCAAAAUGCUUCCAAUUCCAACAAUUAGAGAUAAUAAGAAUAAUUACCAUGACCCAACUAGGAGACUUUUUUAUUAUUUUGUGAAAAAAAUCAAAGUGUGUUCAAUGUAGUGGUUUCAUGGUACUAUGACUUUAAUUACCUUGUUUUAUCAUAUCUUUUUUUCUUUUUUUUAUCUAUUUUAGAUAUGAAUAUGAAUUUCUGAACAUUGAUAUAAUGAUGUAUUUGACUAUCUUCU